AUGGGCGGCGGAGCGGGCGGGGCGGCGCCGGGUCAGGGGUGAUCCCGGGAUGGUGUCUCGGGAAUGGUGGCCAGCCCGCGUCCAGCCCGGAGCCUGCGGCACGGCGGAGACCCGGCCGAGGGAGAUCACAAUGGCCCAAAGGAUGUUCAGAACACAUUUGCUGUUCUGCUUUGCUAUGGCUGCAUUCUUCAUCUCUGCCCUAGCUGAAGAACACGUAGGAGAGAGUCAACAUCCAAAUAUUCGCCUUGAUAAGAAUUUGGUACAAGAUAAAGAACACAUUAUGGAACACCUGGAAGGUGUUAUCGAGAAACCAGAAUCUGAGAUGUCUCCACAAGAGUUGCAGCUCCAUUACUUCAAAAUGCAUGAUUAUGAUGGCAAUAAUUUGCUAGAUGGGUUAGAACUUGCUACUGCUAUCUCACAUGUCCACAAAGAGGAAGGUGGUGAACAUACCCAAGCAAUGAAAGAAGAAGAGCUGAUUAGUCUAAUAGAUGAUGUCUUGAGAGAUGAUGACAAGAACAAUGAUGGAUACAUUGACUAUGCAGAAUUUGCAAAAUCACUGGAAUAAGGGUUGGUUUCUCCUUCUAACCACAUGAAAAUGUGAACCAGUAUAAUGUGAUUCAUUACUGUCUUGUAUCAACCCCUGUGCUGUGAGAAGUAGAGGUGUACCAGUUCCACCUAAAUUUAUUUGAAAGUUGUAUGUGUCAAGAGUUUUGCUAACUUGGAGUGGGAGCCAUGUUUGACUAAACAUAAUACACAUUUGAAUCGUGAAGCAUGAAGUGCCAACAGUACUCACACAGAGUACAGCUGGCAAACUCCUAAGUAGCUCUGUAUGAAUACUAAAUAGAGUCAUUAGCAUCUAAAUUUCAGGGUUUCAGUCAUUGGGUUUUAUAGUUCUUAUUUGCUUACAUCUUCUAUUUAAAAUUAUACCUAGAAAGCAAGAAAUGAUUACUGCAUAUAGUUAUAUUCCAAGGGGAAAUGCCUUUACCUUCUCUCUAAUUUACAAGAAAAUCUGUAGAUAAGUACAGGUGCUUGAAACAGCAGUUGUAGAGGGAAAGCAUUUGAGUGUGGGUUAUGUUUGAGUUCCACAUGACACCAUAUGAACUUAAACAGCCUUUGAAUAAACUGAGUAUUUUUAAAUAUAUGUACUUCCUAGCAUACCAUUACAUAUAAGUAUAUAUACAUGUGUUUUUCAAUUUUUUGUCCUCUACAAAUUUACUUUUUAUAUCUUAAUUUACUGGGUUUUUUUAUCUACCUUCCAUGGUUUUUUAAGAAAAUUGAAGUAUUUUAUUACAUGUUGUGUUAAUGCUGUAUAGCAUUUACUAGAAUAGCUUCUGCUAUCUGGUUUUGAAUCAUAGAAUUCGGCCUCAGUUGGAAGGGACCUUACAGAUCAUUGAGUUCCAACACCCCUGCCACGGUCGGGGACACAUUUCCACUAGACUACAUUGCUCAGGUGUUCCCUCUCCAGGGUUAAGGCAUCUACAACUUCUCUGUGCAGCCUUUUCCAGUGCCUUUCCACCCACACAGUAAAGAAUUUCUUCCUAACAUCUAAUCUAAACCUAGCCACUGUCACUGCAUACUCUUGUAAAGAGUCCCACUCCAUCUUUUUUGUAGGCUCCCUUCAGGUACUGGAUGGCUGCAAUUAAGUCACCCUUAAGUCAGACUUUUCUUUUCCAGGCUGAACAAUUCCAAUUCUCUCAGCCUUUCCUCGCAGGAGAGGUGCUCCAUCCUUGUGAUCAUCUUGGUGACGUCCUCUGGACUCUCUCCAGCAGGUCCAUGUCUCUCCUGUGCUGGGCCCCCAGAGCUGGAUGCAGGGUUCCAGGGGGAACUCAGCAGAGCAGAUCAGAGGGGCAGAAUCCCCUCCCUGGCCCUGCUGUCCACGCUGCUUUGGAUGCAGCCCAGGACAUGUUUGGCUUUCUGGGCUGGGAGUGCACAUUUCCAGCCACUCACCCAGCAGCAGCACCAAGUCCUUUUCCCCAGGGCUGCUCUUGAUCAUCCCCCAGCCUGUGUUGAUACCAGGGUUGCUCCAUCCACGUGCAACACCUUGUACUUGGUCUUGUUAAACCUCAUGAGAUUCCUGUGGGCCCACUUCUCAAGCUUGGCCAGGUCCUUCUGGAUAGCAUCCUAUCCUUCAGGACUGUUUUGAAGGUCACAUUAACAGUAAACCAGUUUAAUAUUAAAGCUUUUGUUCAUUUUGGGUUUUGCAGUAUUAGCCAGCAGGAGUGAGCAAGUAAUGCUGCCUUGUUAAGGUUUAAGUUCAUAUUCCUUGACACUUAAAUUAUGGUAUUACUUUCAGGAAGUAUUUCAUAAUUUAACAGUUUCAAGCUACUUGAGUGUUUUCAAAUUAUCAUUGCUCUAGGAAUGUUUUUGCUGUCUUGACUCAAUUCUUGAUAAGGCAAGCAGUUUAAGAAUAUUAGAGCUGUGAUGUUUUGCUGUGUUAUUGAUGUUUGGUGACUGAAACAUAACCGAAAUCUUAAAUUGCAUUCAAUGAUUUUUCAUUAAUAAAGAAUCUAAAUGUUAGCCUAUUUCUGUAAAAUGUAUAAAGAGCUAUUUUCUAUACAAAAUUAUUCUUAUACAAGAGAAACACAUUGUAAAAGAAAUUAUUUCCUCUCUUUAAAUGUUUGUGCAAUGAAGCCUGAGUGUUGGAUUUCUUUUCUUGUACUAAAUAUUUAUUUUGAAACCUUUGUGGCCAGGUUUGUGCUGGUUGUACAAGCAAUAAAAUUAAGCUGGGGUUUGUGCAUGCUGAUAGGAUACACAAGUCUGGAAGUGCUAGUAAGAAAUGUACCUCAUUUGCUGAUGUGUUUUUAAGCUUGUCUCUCUUACUCACAGUCAUCUUAAAAGAAAAUUCUUUCAGUUAUAGUUAGAGGGUUUUUUUGGUUGGUUUUUUUUUAAUCUCUUCUGAGGCUCUGAAUGAUCUGGAGUGAAUGUUGAAUUGGAAGGAA